AUGAAAAAUGUAAAAUUCUUAGCCAAUACCAAACCAAUUAAGCUAAAAUUUCUCCUGGUAGUUGUUAUCACUCACCUUUAUCUGCAUGUUAAAUUUCAAGAUUGGUUUCCAGAAGAAUUAAAAAAAUUGGACCUAAAAUUUCUCCUGGUAGUUGUUAUCACUCACCUUUAUCUGCAUGUUAAAUUUCAAGAUUGGUUUCCAGAAGAAUUAAAAAAAUUGGACGUUUUUCAUUAUUUACAUCAAUUCUAUAUAGAGAAAAAUGAAAAAU